AUGGAUAAAACUCAGGCGAAUGGUCAUCAGCAUGACUUCAAGAACACCUUACUCAGUCGAUUGAAAGAAAUAUUUGCAAAAAACAUUGAUGAUCCCGCUUUACGAGGAGAAGCAUGGAGGCUCUGUUCAAAAUAUAUUGGUGGACUUUGGAAAGCAAUUUCUGCUGAUGAUAUAGUCAUCAGAGUCCAGACUGGAGGUAUGAACAACUUUAUUUUUAUCGUUUCCGUGACCGAAAGUUUUCGAAAAGCUAGUGAGGAACCCACUGCAGUUAUACUUAGGAUUUAUUUUUCUGAGGACAUUGAGUGCACGCUGGUAGACUCAAUUAUUAGCGUUAUUCUCUCGGAAAGGGGAAUAGGACCGGCUGUUUUAGGAGUAUUUCCCGGGGGAAGGAUAGAAGAAUACAUUCCAUCACGAAUUAUCACAAAUGAAGAGCUGUGUAACAUCCAUGUCGGAUAUGAAGUGGGAAAAAUCCUAGCUACAGUCCACUCAUUGAACGUCGCAAUUUCGAAGGAAAAUCGACUUGAUACUGUGGUAGACGAAAUGGUCAGUCGUCUACGUAGUUCAUCAAAGUGGAAAAAAUCACACAAAAUGCGUACUACCUUAACGAAAUGGGAAGAAAACUUGUUCCCUUCAAAAAUAACGGUGGACCUUCUCGCUGAAGAGUAUGAAUUAGCAAAGAGAUGUGCGGCUCAUAGCGGAAGCCCAGUUGUUUUUACUAACAAUGAUCUCCAUGAGGGAAACUUACUGUUACGAGACGGAGUUAAAAUCACAAAGGAAGGCAUCUUUGGGUGUCCGACGGGAUUGGCGCCGCUGGUGCUGAUCGACUAUGAGUAUGGCGGCUAUUACUAUCGAGGGUUUGAUUUCUGUCAUUACUGCUGCGAAUGCUGCCAAGAUAACACAAAUGAAAAAUGGCCUGGAUAUCGUAUAAUGGAGGACCACUGGCCUGACGAUUCUCAUCAAAGAAGGUAUGCAGAAGGGUACCUGGAUCAAAUUGAAAUGCAAGCUGAAGAUUUCCCAGUUGAUGCUGCGAAAUACGAUUUCUUUGAAUAUGGUUUUGAUCGCCUGGCAGUAUAUUAUAAAUGGAAGUCGGAGAUGACGAAGUAUUUAAAAUUGGAAUAA